AUGGCUUUAAACACUAGUGCUGUCGUCGUCCCCAACCCACCCCCGGACAGUGACCCUUAUUAUAUCUCAAUGAGGCCUUCAUACAACAUCAACGACCAAACAUAUCUUCGCGAACGAGAACGUCUCGUAGUGGUAAAAGAAAGACUCGAGGAUUUGAAAAUUCGUUGGGACCUUUUUGACGACAUCAACAAGAUCAAAUAUGUCCAAGAGUCUACAGCUGUUCGUGUCGUUGACCGUCGUUCGAGACUCCAUGAAUCGCCAACAGUCGAUACAUUGAUCCAUCGGUACGCGGAGUACCGCGUAGAAACCAUUCUGCCUAUAGAAUGUCUUAUGGUCCACCAGGAAUCUACGGUUCUUCAGUACAUUGUUGCCCACAGUGACCUCGAGGAAGUCAAACCGCUGGAAGAUACACGAGAUAGGAAGUAUAGUGUCGAGUGGGACUGUUUGCUGGCUAAGAUCGUCAAAGUAUACAGAUCAACAUCCAGCUUUGGUUAA